CAAUUGGAUAAUUUAAGGUGAUGCGUUUCAUCGGCGACUCGCGACAGAUUAACGUUUAACAAGCAAACAAUUCUAAACGUCCAUUACACUUCGAAUUGUUUUGUAGGUUUUUUUGUAGGACGACAGGAGUUUCAAACUCCUACGAUGUCUCUGGCCGAUGAGCUCCUGGCUGAUCUGGAGGAGGCAGGGGAUGAGGGAGAAGAUGGGCUGUACCCGGAGGGUGAGGGUGGAGAGAGUGAUGAGGAGGCUGGGGAGGGACAGGUAGAGCGGGGUCUGGAGGACAUCCCGGAGGAGAUGGAGGUGGACUACAGUGGAGCUGAAAGUGUGGCAUCCAUCGCUAAACUACGCAACAGCAAACAGUUUUCAGAGAUCAUGGACAAAAUUGCUGUCUAUGUUGAGAAGCAGCGCAAGAACUCAGAAGUCUCCGGUCCAGUGGAGGCAGACCCAGAAUACCGGCUGAUUGUUGCUGCUAAUAAUCUCACAGUAGAGAUUGAAAAUGAACUGAACAUAAUUCACAAGUUUGUCCGGGACAAGUAUUCCAAAAGGUUCCCUGAACUCGAAUCCCUGGUGCCUAACUCUCUGGAUUAUGUCCGCACUGUCAAGGAGUUGGGAAACAACCUGGACAAGUGUAAGAACAAUGAGAAUCUGCAGCAGAUUCUGACCAAUGCCACCAUCAUGGUGGUCAGUGUAACAGCCUCCACCACACAGGGGACAAUGCUGGCUGAAGAUGAACUGAAGAGGUUGGAGGAGGCAUGUGAUAUGGCGCUAGAGCUUAACCAAUCAAAACACAGGAUCUAUGAGUAUGUAGAGUCCAGGAUGUCCUUUAUUGCUCCUAAUCUUUCAGUCAUCGUUGGGGCCUCAACUGCAGCCAAGAUCAUGGGUAUUGCCGGGGGCCUGACCAACCUAUCGAAGAUGCCAGCCUGUAACCUGAUGUUGCUGGGAGCCCAGAAAAGGACCCUGGCGGGGUUCAGCAGCACCUCACUGCUCCCACACACUGGCUACAUCUACCACUGUGACGUGGUCCAGACCCUACCCCCGGAUUUGCGAAGGAAGGCUGCUCGUCUGGUGGCCGCCAAGUGCACGCUGGCAUCCCGAGUAGACAGUUUCCAUGAGAGUGCAGAUGGCAAGGUUGGCUAUGACCUGAAGGAGGAGAUUGAGAAGAAGUUUGAUAAAUGGCAGGAGCCUCCACCGGUCAAGACAGUCAAACCCCUGCCAGCCCCAUUGGAUGGACAGAGAAAGAAGAGAGGAGGAAGGAGGUAUCGUAAGAUGAAGGAGCGUCUAGGUCUGACUGAAAUCAGGAAACAUGCCAACAGGAUGACCUUUGCAGAGAUUGAGGACGAUGCGUACCAAGAGGACCUGGGUUUCAGUCUGGGCCAGCUGGGGAAGUCUGGCAGUGGGCGUGUUCGUCAGGCUCAGGUCAACGAGGCCACCAAGGCCAGAAUAUCCAAGUCUUUGCAGAGGAAACUGCAGAAGCAGAACAUGACGUAUGGAGGGAAGUCCACAGUCGGAGGGAGGUCGUCAGUCAGAGACCACUCCUCAGGAACCAGUUCCAGCGUAGCGUUUCACGCCACUGCAGGGACUGGAGAAUCGUCAACCCACAUGCAGCAGAGAAAAAGGUGGCUGAGGCCAACCAGAAAUACUUCUCCAACAUGGCAGAGUUCCUCAAGGUCAAGAAGGAGGGGGAGGGAAAGUGAACAACUGGACUACAAUUCAUCAUACACAUCCACAUUUAUAGUCAUACAGAGAAACCAACUUGUAUAUCAAUGUGAUGGUCCUGAUGUAAAAGUACCUCAAACUGACUGUAAAAGGACUCAUUGCAUCCAGUCACUAACCAGGGGGAAUGGAUCUGCCCCAGCUAGGGAAAUGUGAUAUUGUAUAUUUGGUUUUAACCUUUUAUUUGUAUUUUUUUACAUUUUCUUUCACAACUUUGUUCCAUUUAAUAAAAUGAAACCAUACCUAAUGUUGC